AUGAUCCGGGCAACAGUUCUAGCUGCACUCCUCGUUGGAGCUAACUGCCAGUACGCUGGCGCUGGCGGCUUCGGUGGUGCGCCUCAACAAUCGUUCGGCGGAGCCCCACAAGGGUAUGGAGCUGCUCCUCAACAAUCAUUCGGUGGAGCUCCACAACAAUCGUUUGGAGGAGGCGGCGGUGGAUAUGCCCAACAAGCACCGGCUCCCGUUCAAUCGUACGCCCCACAGGCCCCACAAUUCGCUCCUCAGCCUGCUCCACAGCAAUUCGCUCCUCAGCCUGCUCCUCAGCAAUUCGCUCCUCAGCCUGCUCCUCAGCAAUUCGCUCCUCAGCCUGCUCCUCAGCAAUUCGCUCCUCAGCCUGCUCCUCAGCAAUUCGCUCCUCAGCCUGCUCCUCAGCAAUUCGCUCCUCAGCCUGCUCCUCAGCAAUUCGCUCCUCCACCACCCCCACAAGGAGGAUACGCCCAGCAAGCUCCUUUCGCUCCACCUGCCCCUGGAGGCGGAUAUGCGACUUCGGGAGGAUUUGGAGGUGCCCCACAACAAUCGUUCGGAGGUGCCCCACAACAAUCGUUCGGAGAAGCCCCACAACAAUCGUUCGGAGGUGCCCCAGCUGGAGGAUACGCCCAACAGGCUCCACCACCAGCCUUCGCCCCUCCACCACCCGCUCCAGCUCCAGUGCCCCAAUUCGCGCCUCAGCCAGCUCCCCAAGCCGCUCCAUCGUUCGCCCCACCUGCCCCACCACCACAGCAGUUCGCCCCACCACCAGCCCCCGCCCCGGCUCCACCACCACAGCAGUUUGCUCCUCCACCAGCACCCGCUCCUCAGCCUGUCUACAGCCAACAACCAUCAGUUGCCCCACCUGCCCCCGCUCCAAUUGAGGCUGCCCCACCAGCACCCGCUCCAGCACCCAUCGAGCCCCAGGCACCCGCUCCUCAACAAGAGGUCCAGGCCCAACCCGCCCCAGCUCCCGCCCAGAACUCGUACGGAGAUGAGCCCGUUGCCCCCGAGCCUGCUGCCCCGGCUCCUGCCCCAUCCGGUGGAUACCGUCACCGCAAGAUUGCUCGCGCUCGUGCCGCUCUCACUCACCACAAGAAGAACCGUGCCUCCGGUGCCGCC